AUGGGGGCGGAGCCAAUGAGCAGAGAGCAGGCAAUAUCGAUCUCACUACACACUCUGCACAGCAUGUUGCUGUGUUGCUGUUGGCCAGUGCAUAAAUGUGUUACGGUACUCUCCUGUUUCGACACCCUCAUUGUGGCGAUUUUCACCUACAAGUCCUUAAACCUUCUUGCACACACUAUUUAUGAACCACUUCUUCGAAAAAAUUGGGACGAUCACGAAAAGGCGAGGCGAAAUCUGACUCAAACUCUAUGCAGGCCUUUUCGCGCAGGGGCAUUGGACAUUCGCGUGUACAGUUCGUUACAGUUAAUCAUGCUAUGA